AUGCAAGGUGAGUUCUUGGUACCUGUUCACAGUGCGAAUGAAUUUCCAGAAAAAGCCCGACAAGUACUUAUUCGCAACGUCUAUCUCCACGACGACUCUUCAGUGCAAUCGAGUCCACUGUACGACGUGAUCUGUACGAACGGUAAAGUACAUGAUGUACGGGCCACCUCGGACCCUACCAAUGUGGAGAACGACGACACUUAUAUCCGGGGUUCGAUCGACUCCGAAGAUGUAGAGAUAUUGGAUGCAGAGGGCAAGGGGAUUUUGGUUCCUGCGCUGUGCCAUGCACAUAUCCACCUGGAUAAGUGCUUUCUUCUGGGCAAAUCUGAUGAGCUUGUGAGCGGUGAUUUUGCUGAAGCCCUCAAGGUAACUGCACAGGCAAAAGGCAAUUUCCCUUCCGCCUUGGAGGACCUGUACAACCGAGGAAGCCGAUUAAUCGUCGAGAGUGUCGAAUGUGGUGUUACGGCGAUGCGUGCCCAUGUCGAAGUCGAUGAGACUGUGCACAUGAGUUGCUUAGACGUUGGUCUACGGCUCAAGAAGGACUAUGAAACCAUUUGCGAUGUCCAGAUAGCAGUCUUCGCACAGGACCCUCUUUUCUCCGCGCAAAAUGCUGAACUCGGCGACAACCUGAUCCUUCUCCAGAACGCUGCAGCCCGCGACGGCGUACAUGCGGUGGGCUCCGCGCCCUACGUCGAGCCUAGUGUCGCCCAGGCAAAACGCAACAUCCGGUUCAUCUUCGAUAUCGCUUGCACGCACGGGCUGCACGCUGACUUCCACCUCGACUACACCCUCGACCGCGACGCCGAGCCGCUCAUAUGGUACGUGCUCGACGAGCUCCGCACGCGCAUGCGCACAGGACGCUGGCCCGCUGGUGCGCGCGUGUGCGUCGGGCACGCUACGCGCCUCACGCUCUUCUCCGCGGAAGAGUGGGCCGCGCUCGCGCAUGCGGUGCACCCCGACGGCGAGGGCCUUCCGCUCGCGCUCGUCGGCCUGCCUCCGAGCGACGUGUACAUGAUGGCCCGUGGCGCGCAGUGGGAGCUCGCGCGGCCGCGCGGCACGCUGGACGUCGUGCGCCUCGCGCGCGUGCACGCGCUGCCGGUGGCGAUGGCGGUGAACAACGUCGAGAACGCGUUCACGCCGCAGGGCGUGCUGGAUCCGCUGGCACUGUGCCCGCUCGGCGUCGCGCUGUUCCAGAGCGGGACGCGAGCGGACGCAGCGAGGCUCGUGGUGCGUCGCUCUUCGCUCAUCUGCUUUUCUCGUGGGUCUCUGGCCUUAUUGGACACUCUGAAUGUUGCAGGAGGCCGUGACGGUAAAUGCACAGAUCGCGGUGGGCACGAGCGGUCCCCGCGCGCUGCGUCUGGUGCCAGGGGACCCAGCUAA